UGUUGUUAGACGAUGACGAUGCUAGCUUGGAAGACAAGUUGCUAGCUACGUUAGCUCAGCGGCGUUUGCUUAACUAACGGUUGUGAUGUUAUUUGUAACGUGACUCUUUUCACGUUGCAGUUGUCUGUUCACUUUUGGAGCCUGCUGUGGUUAAACGGAGUAUCAGCUGUUUGCUGGAGGGCAGGGAUCAGUCUAAAUCUGAACCGAUUCUCCCAGUAUGUUGCCUCAACACCUGAAGCAGAUUAGAGUCCUCAUGCUCAACGACAAGCAGAAUUUAGAGAGAACUCUGUUCAGACUCGAGCAAGGGUUUGAGCUGCAGUUCCGUCUCGGUCCAAGCCUUCAGGGAAAGAAGGUUAUGGUGCACACCAACUAUCCACUUGAAGGACAGCUGUUUGACCGAAACAACUUCCGUGUUUUGCCAUGGACCUACCCAACAGGAAAGGAAGAAGACUCUGAUAAGUUCUGCUCUCUGGACCUCAAGUUGGCUGGGUCCUAUCAGUACUACUUUGGAUAUGUAGACUCGGAGCGUAUAGGAGGAGGUUAUAUUGUGGUGGAUCCAGUUCUCCGUGUCGGGGCCGACGACCAUACUUUGCCGUUAGACUGCAUCACCAUCCAGACCUACCUGUCCAAAUGUCUGGGACACUUGGACGACUGGCCAGAUAGACUUAGAGUGGCCAAGGAGUCGGGAUACAACAUGAUCCACUUCACUCCAGUGCAGACUCUGGGGGAGUCCAGGUCCUGCUACUCCUUAGCUGACCAGCUGAGCGUCAACCCAGAGUUCAGCCCAGCGGGUCGCAGCUACGACUGGACAGAUGUGGGGGGGCUGGUGGAGAAGCUAAAGACAGAGUGGGACAUGCUGUGCAUCACAGAUGUGGUGUAUAACCAUACUGCUGCUAACAGCGUGUGGAUAAGGGAGCAUCCAGAAUGUGGAUACAACCUGGUGAACUCUCCUCACCUGCGCCCAGCCUGGGUUUUAGACAGAGCUCUGUGGCAUUUAACCACCAGAGUAGCAGAGGGACGCUACAAAGCUAAAGGACUUCCUGCUGACAUUACCACGGAGAGUCAUCUGAAUGCCGUCCGUAGUGUGAUGUGGCAGGACGUGUUCCCUCAGAUCAAACUGUGGGAGUUCUACCAAGUCAAAGUGGACAGUGCUGUGGAGGAGUUUAGGACCCUGCUGCAAAACGGUACCAAGCCAGACCACAGCAAGACUGGAGGGCAGACUGGCCUCAGGAUCAUUCAGGAUCCACAAUACCGUCGCUAUGGCAACACAGCAGACAUGGACUCUGCUUUGGAGACGUUUGUGCCUCACAGCUUUUCACCUCAACACAUCGAGGAGUGCUGUGGUUGGCUCAAUCAGAAACUGACUGACCUGAAUGCAGAGCAGUAUCACAUAGUGCACCAGCAUCAGGAGCAGGCUGUCAACUGUCUUAUUGGAAACCUCGUCUAUGAACGACUUGCUGAGCACGGUCCCAGGCUGGGCCCUGUUACCAGGACAAACCCAAUGGUCACCAGGUAUUUCACCUUCCCCAAUCAGGACAUGACUCUGGACCAGGAAAUGCAGCUGCUGGACCAGCCAGACAAGAUGUGCCAUUUCCUGGCCCACAACGGUUGGGUGAUGGGCGACGAUCCACUCAGGAACUUUGCUGAACCAGGCUCCAACGUGUACAUUCGUCGGGAGCUGAUCGCCUGGGGUGACAGUGUCAAACUACGAUACGGCAACACGCCUGACGACUGUCCCUACCUGUGGGAUCACAUGAAGAAAUACACGCAAAUCACAGCCAAGUAUUUCCACGGAGUCCGCCUGGACAACUGCCAUUCCACACCUUUACAUGUUGCUGAGUUCAUGCUGGAUGUGGCCAGAACGGUGCGUCCUGACCUGUAUGUGGUGGCUGAGCUGUUCACCGGCAGCGAGGAGCUGGAUAAUGUCUUUGUUACCAAGCUAGGGAUUACAUCACUCAUACGAGAGGCGAUGUCAGCUGGUGACAGCCACGAGGAGGGCCGCCUGGUGUAUCGUUACGGCGGUGAGCCAGUAGGAGCUUUUGUUCAGCCCAGUCUCCGCCCACUGACACCCUCCAUUGCACACGCCAUGUUUCUUGAUGUAACCCAUGACAACGAGUGUCCUAUCCAGCUCCGCUCAGCCUUCGACGCUCUGCCCAGCUCUGCUAUCGUGGCCAUGGCGUGCUGCGCUACUGGCUCCACCCGUGGAUACGAUGAACUGGUGCCACAUCAGAUCUCUGUGGUGAAGGAGGAGCGCUUCUAUCCCAAGUGGAACCCGUCAGCAGUCCCAUCCUCUCCUGGUGAGGUUAGCUCCUGUACCGGCAUCGUAGCUGGGAAACGGGCAGUAAACAAGCUGCACCAGGAGCUGGCUGCACAGGGAUUCACACAGGUGUACGUGGACCAGGUGGAUGCAGACAUCGUUGCAGUGACUCGUCACUGUUCCAGCACCCACCAGUCUGUGGUAACCGUGAGCAGGACCGCCUUCUGGGAUCCCAAAACCCACCAGUACAGCACCAGUGUCCCGCCCAUGUUCAUUCCUGGGAAAAUAGAGGAGGUGGUGCUGGAGGCAAGGAUGGUGGAAAGGAGCGCCGGGAAAUAUAAGAAGGAUGAGAACUACAUCAACGGCAUGCCAGAAUACACAGUGGAAAUGAAAGAGCACAUCUCGCUGGAUGAGAGUACAGUGAUGAAGAAAGCUGGAGUGACGUCAAAAGGGCGUUCAGAGUUUGUGCACGAGAUCACCUUCCAGAAGCUGACACCCGGCAGCAUCAUCGCCUUCAGGGUCAGUUUGGAUCCCAAAGCCCAGAAGCUGGUGGGACUGCUGAGGUACUAUCUGUCCCAGUUUAGCCCAAAGUACAGGAGAGGCAGCGUAGCAGAUGAAAACCCACCAGACGCACUGAAGAAGCCCCUGGCACAGCUCAUGUCUAAGCUGACGCUGGCAGACAUGAAUGUCCUGCUGUUUUGCUGCGACACGGAGGAAAAAGAGGAAGGCGGAGGCUGUUACAGUAUCCCAGGCUGGGAAACUCUCAAAUACGCAGGACUUCAGGGUCUGAUGUCUGUGUUUGCUGAUGUUCGUCCCAACAACGACCUGGGCCAUCCUUUGUGUGCCAACCUCAGAGACGGAGACUGGCUCAUAGACUUCGUCGCCAAUAGGCUGAUGCACAGGGAGGGGCCGCUGGCAGAGGUGGGUCGCUGGUUGGCAGCCAUGUUUAAUUUCCUCAAACACAUGCCCCGCUACCUCAUCCCCUGCUACUUUGAUGCCAUCCUAGUUUCCACCUACACCACAGCCCUCGAUGCCACCUACAAACUCAUGUCCAGCUUUGUCCAGAACGGCUCUACCUUUGUUCGUCACCUGGCGCUCGGUUCGGUUCAGAUGUGCAGCGUUGGACGCUUUCCUGCUCUGCCUCCUGUUUCUGCUCAAUUAGACGACGUCCCGUACCGCAUCAGUCCAAUCACGGGCCAGAAGGAGCAGUGCUGCGCCUCGCUGGCUGCAGGUCUUCCUCAUUUCUCUGCGGGGAUUUUCCGUUGCUGGGGCAGAGACACCUUCAUCGCUCUCAGGGGACUGCUGCUCCUCACUGGUAGACACGUCGAGGCUCGCAACAUCAUCCUGGCCUUUGCAGGGACAUUGCGCCACGGUUUGAUCCCCAACCUGCUGGGGGAGGGUCGAUGUGCCAGAUACAACUGCAGGGACGCUGUGUGGUGGUGGCUGCAGUGCAUCCAGGACUACACUACCCAGGUUCCCAGAGGGCAUGAAAUCCUUAGCUGCCCUGUCACACGCAUGUACCCCACUGAUGACUGCGAGCCUUGUAAACCUGGAGAGGUGGAGCAGCCUCUGUAUGAUGUGAUCCAUGAAGCUCUGCGGCGCCACUUGGAGGGCAUUUCCUUCAGAGAGAGAAACGCUGGACCCAAAAUAGACAUGAAAAUGAGAGAUGAAGGGUUCAGCGUCGUUGCUCGGGUCGACCCCGCCACAGGUUUUGUGAGCGGAGGAAACCGCUUUAACUGCGGCACAUGGAUGGACAAGAUGGGAGAGAGUGAGAGAGCCAGGAACAAAGGCAUGCCUGCUACUCCAAGAGAUGGAGCAGCGGUGGAGAUAGUUGGUCUGAGUAAGUCUGCAGUUCGCUGGGUGGUGGAACUUCACGCCAAGGGCCUGUUCCCAUACGAUGGAGUUAAAUUACACAGAGAUGGUAAGGAAGUGUUCAUCUCGUACUCCCAGUGGAACGAGCAGCUCAGCCAGUCCUUUGAAGCUGGCUUCUGGGUGUCCGGUGACCCAGAUGACCCCGAUGAGAAGCACCCUGAGCUGGUGCACAAGAAAGGCAUCUAUAAGGACAGCUACGGCGCCUCCAGCCCCUGGUGUGACUACCAGCUCAGACCCAACUUCACUGUCGCCAUGGUGGUGGCUCCAGAGCUGUUCACGGUGGAGAGAGCCUGGAACGCUUUGGAGAUAGCUGGGAAGAAACUGCUGGGACCACUGGGAAUGAAAACCCUCGAUCCUGAUGACCUGGUUUACUGUGGCGUCUAUGAUAACGCACUGGACAAUGACAACUACAACGUGGCCAGAGGCUUCAACUACCACCAAGGACCGGAAUGGCUGUGGCCAGUCGGGUACUUCCUGCGUGCUAAACUCUACUUUGCAAAGAAGCUGGGAGAAGACACGUACACCAAAACGGUUACCUUGGUGAAAAAUGUUCUGUCACAACAUUACACUCACCUGGAGAGGUCUCCAUGGAAGGGUCUGCCAGAGCUGACCAAUGAGAAUGGCCAGCACUGUCCAUUCAGCUGUGAGACCCAGGCCUGGUCUCUAGCCACUGUGCUGGAGGUCCUGUAUGACCUGUAGACCUGUGCAGAGGGCCACCUGUUGCUCAGUUCAUCACCAGCCAAUCACAGCAUCCACUCAGAAAAGUGGACGAGAGGGUCAGUGUGGAUGGAAUCACACUGUUUUCUUUUUUUCCAGAGGGGGGGGGUUCUGGUAGCAUUUCCAAAUAAAUACUGCAGUGCUUAAAGUGUUUACUAACCAGCCUUGAUUGCAUUUGUUUGUAGUUAAGUUUGCAAGCUAAAUAAAAGAUAAGGUCCCA